AAUAAAGCGUCCCUUAAUAAAAAGGAUAAUCUGUAUAUUGGUCAGUUCAAUAUAAUUCACUUGUCUGGCUUGGACGUUUGGAUAUAAACAUCGAAAUAGGAAAAGAAAAAUUGAGAAGGCAAAAUUACAUAUUUGAUAUAAUGGCGAAUCGACAGAAAAAUAUACCAUUCAAAAAACGCAGGCUAAACUGUUGCAGAGAGUUAAAGCUUGAUAUCCCCCCUCAUCCCAUGACGCUAGAUGGGGUGGUUCAUUUUCAUCUGACUUUGGAAGAUGCCGCCCGUCCCUCUGGAUGUAUUGUCAAUCCGAUUCAACCAGAUUGGCCACAAAUGCUCAAGAUUUCGGACGGGUUCAGCUUGCGCGAAAUAUUCAUAUACAUGAAGGGGGACCACGUCGUUUUACGAACAUUUCAACUUAAACUUAUCGUUGUAAACAAGGAGAAGCGAGUAGGAUGCGUACCUACCAGUUCGCAGUUUGCUCGACUACCUCGACAGGAGUUUGACUACAUGAUAACCUGCUGCACAGAAAGAGGAAUUCGGGAGUAUAUGCUGCGUACCAUUCGAAAUGAUUUGCCAGUUCAAAAUCAGACAUUGGAUAUUCCUUUGAAUGAACUGCAACACUUAGGACUAGGAUACGAGUUCAAAGUGCAUUCGAAAGAAGACCUUUUUGAAGUGAGAUCGACCCACCACAACCGAGUAAAGCAAAAAUAUACCCAACGCUGGUCAGUGUAUGUCAAUUUUGAGGAGAUGGAGGAUAUUUUGGAGAACAUUCACAGGCUCAUUCCCCCCUUAGCUGUAAAGGACAUGAAUUGCUUAGCCACGUUACACGAUGAUCAUAUGAACCAGGAUGGUAUGUGGGCUUGUCACGUGUGUCAAUAUCUCUCUCCAGUGGAUGACCUGGUAGACAUUUAGAGGUCGACUUAGGGAACAUACCGUACAAAUUCGUGGACAUUACACUAAACGUAGACAAAAUCAGUAUACUAAGAAAGAUGUUUUCUCCUAUUCAACUUAUUUUUUUUAUUUUUUUUAUUUAUACUUUAUUCAUGUUUGUUUUAUCAUGCUAUCCAG